AUGGUCAGCGGCCGCAGUGAGGUUAUCACCAUUGUCACCGCAGUCUUCUUCGCCAUUUCACUGACGACGGUGCUGCUGCGAUGUUUCGUGCGAUUGCGGGUGGUGCGGGCCUUUGGCUGGGAUGAUACAUUGAUGGUGAUUGCCAUGAUCUUGAAUACCGGGUUUGCAAUAUGUGGCUUGUUGGGUGCGAAGUACGGCAUGGGCAAGCGACUUGAAUAUUUCCUCUUCCAUUAUGACUCAUUUCACAAGGCGUUAUUUUGCUGGUGGCUGGGCCAAGUCUUCUACAUAACAACAUGCAUCGUCGCCAAAACCUCGAUCAUCCUGUCGCUACUCCGCAUCACAGUCAGUCGCAUCCACAUUGGUAUUCUCUAUGGUGCCAUGGGGCUCAACAUGCUUGUUGGAUUGCUCUUCUUCUUCUUCACCAUCUUCCAGUGCACGCCUGUCAACCACUUUUGGAACCGCCUGGAUCAGGACUCAGGCAAAUGCAUUGACGUCUGGGUCCUUAUUGCCAUCGCCUAUCUGUAUAGCGUUGGCGCGGCCAUUACUGACUUCAUUGUUGGUCUGCUUCCAGCAUUCAUGAUCUGGAAUUUGCGCAUGUCGCGGCGGGAUAAGAUUGCCGUGGGCGGGAUUUUGAGUCUGGGCUGCAUAGCAAGUGCCGCCGUCAUCGUUCGCAUCCCUUACAUCCACCACUACGCCGACAGAGAAUUCCUCUACAAAACCACCAAUAUCUCCAUCUGGUCCAACAUCGAAGCCGGCCUAGGUAUCACCGCCGGCUCCCUGACGACGUUACGCCCUCUGAUCCGGUUCUUCCGCGAAGCCUCGACGGGCUCCCACAGCUACAGUCGCAACCCGGGCUCGUACCCGCUGUCGAGUACGCUGGGGAAUAACACGCCAUACCAUCAAUCCAAACUGGAACACGAGGACGCACAGCAGCUGUGGCCCGGUGGCAGGGACGUCGAGGCGUAUGGGGUGCGUACAGUGGUGCUAGGAAAUGGUCGAGUCGCGGCUGCCCCCGCGAAUAGCAGUGAGGAGGAAUUGAAUCCGCAUCCAAAUACGGUAAUGGGGAGUCGGGAGUUGGGCCGAAUGCGAAAGGGGUGA